AUGUGCUAUGACCAGCUUUGCAGCGAGUGUGAUGCACGCAAGGUGCUCUGCACCCAGUGCAUCUCCAACUACUUCAAGGAUGGCGACGGCUUUUGCACCAAGUGCGCCGACCCGCUGUGCGAGCGCUGCGGUCCAAGCGCCGCCACCUGCAAGAAGUGCACGGCUGCCGAUUUCAACCUGGACAAAAACCCGCUCGUGUACAAGGACUCCCGGGGCCGCUGCCGCCACUGCGCCUUCUCCAUCCACGGAAGCUGCAAGGCAUGCAACUCAACAGGGACCUGCGCCAGGUGCGCCUCCGGACACUACAUGGACGCCGCAGGCAGCUGCAAGCGCUGCCCCGACCCGCUGUGCGUGCGCUGCACCGGACCGAAAGGCAAAACCUGCGUUAAAUGCGAAACCGGCUUCUAUGAAGAGGACGAUUUCGAGCAGCCCAGCUAUCCCGUCUAUCUGACCGCCACCGGCUCCUGCGCCAAGUGCACCAAGCAGCCGUGGUACAAGGGCUGCCGCGCCUGCAAGGAAGGCGGAGCCUGCACGCGCUGCGAGGAGGGAUUUAGGCUGUCAUCCAAAGGCACAUGCAAUCCCUGCGCCGACGACCGCUGCGCUGAGUGCGCCCCCAACCUCAUCAAGUGCCUCAAGUGCAUGGAUGUUCCCAUCUGGGCAGAGAAUCCGUACGAGUACGGUCCAAUCUACAUGACCAAAACCGGGAAGUGCCGUGAGUGUGAGAAGCACCUCAGGGACAACGGCUGCGAAGCCUGCGACGAAACGGGCCAAUGCACGAGGUGCACCCCCACCGUGGAUGACUCUCCCAACUCCCCGACUGUCUACCUCAGCAAGGGCAUUUGCAAGCAGUGCCCGGACGACUGCAAGGAAUGUCGCCCAGACGGCAGUUGCCACACCUGCGCCAAUGGAUACCGCAAGACGCUCAAGGGCGACAAGUGUGUGCAGUGCAAGGACUACAGCAAAUGCGUGCGCUGCACAGAUGGGAUGCUUGGGUGCCAGAAGUGCAGCGCAGACGGGCUGCGCUGCGAAGACUGCUCUGGCAUGACGGGCCACGAUAAAAAGUGCCGCAAGUGUGCCAACCCGCUGUGUGAGUGCAAAAAGGAUGCCAGCAUCUGCACAGGCUGCCGCUAUGUGCCGGGCAAGGCCCUGUGGCUGGAUACCAGGGCCAACACCUGCCGGGAGUGCGCCGAGGGGUGCAGCUACGACUGCACCAAGGAUGGGUGCCCCUUCUGCGACGACGGCUAUGUCAAAGUCGGGAAGGCGUGCAAGCGCGAGUGCAAUGCCACCGGCAAGACGUGCAAGUUGUGCAAGUUCUACACUGCUGCUGACAACAGCCCGGGUAGUGUGCCUGUGUAUAUGGACAAGGCUGGGCGAUGCCAGAAGUGCGCCGUCAAGGGCUGCGAGGAGUGCCGCAAUGACGGCACGUGCCGCACCUUUGGUUGCCGCUACGGCUACGUGAACAAGAAUGGCAAGUGCGUGGUGUAA